GCGUAUUUUUUACAAACUAAUAAACAAAAUAUCGAUAGUUUUUUUUCGAGAGUGUUAAAAGAAUUGCAACGAUGCCGGUGAAUGUUGGACGCCAGAUUAAUGUACAGUCUAAUUUAAGUGAAACAACGCUGUCCAACUAUUGGGAUGCCUUCAAGCGCAAGGUGCGUACCACUAUCACGAAUGACCCCCCUGAAAAUGAACAACUUUUGGAAGUGCCUCCGGAGCAGUCUUGGCCUGAUUCGCUCAAUGAAAUGAUACAUCUCACAUAUUCGCAACGAGUUGUUGGAUUUUUAAUGACUCUUGCAAUAGGUAUUCUGUGCAUUGUGUUAUCGAUAACAAUGGCAGCCACAGUUGUUGUGUCACCACGAAAGUUUAUUUUUUUCCUAACCCUUGGGAACCUGCUUUGUUUGUCUGCCUCGAUAUUUUUGGUUGGCUUCGCUUAUCAGAUCAGACACAUGUUCGAGUCUAAACGUGCCAUGGCUGCUUCCUUUUACGUUUUUUCUGUGAUUUGCACACUUUUUUGUGCCAUACGGCUGCGCAGUAGUUUAGGCUGCAUUAUUUUUGGUGCGCUACAGAUGAUUUUUCUAUUGUGGUACAUCCUGAGUUUUAUCCCGUUUGCUCGGAAUACUCUUAGCUUUAUUUGGGUAUCUGUUUUGUAUCCCGUUGUAAAUCUUUUCCAAAAUUUAUUAAGCAAAUGCUUAAGUAAAUUCUAAUUGACAAGCCAUAAGCGACAAAUUCCUUAUGCCAUGAUUCCAGAAUCCAGCGCUAGCUUUCCGAUGGUUAAA